CCCAACAGUAGACAGUUUGUAUUUGUAUCGUAUUUUCGUUUUCGUUUCUUGAAAUUCUAUUUUCGUUUUGAUUAAACUGAAAUCAUUUUGGUUUGGUUUACAGCAAAAAGAGAGGUACAAUGACAGGAAAGUUAACGGACAAAGAUAUGGACCACCUAGAACAAUGGAUAGGCACAGGUCCUAAAACAUUUACGCUUCUCUACGCCAUUACAAGAGAUGGAUGUAAUGCUACAACGUUCCAUCAGAAAUGUGAUAAUCAGGGACCUACAGUCACAGUGUUGUAUAAUCAACAAGGAUCAGUGUAUGGUGGUUUUGCUCCCGUCAGCUGGAAUAGCAGCAACCAAUGGAUUAACAAUACUUCUGCUUUUCUGUAUCAGCUACGAUUUAGUGGAAAUGAGAAGUCCACAAAAUUUCCAAUAAAAUCAGCAAAUUAUCAGAAUGCUCUGUACUGUCAUCAAUCUUACGGUCCAACAUUUGGUGGUGGUCAUGACAUCCACACUUUCUCAAGCACAGUGAACAGCUCAGGCACUUACUUUACUCUAAAUGGUGGCAUGAACUUUGGGCACACUUACGACACCCAGGGUUUAACUGCAACCAAUAUCAACAAUGGCAAUAUGAACGUCACGGAGCUACAGGUCUACAAAGUUAGUGAUGGUCAAAGAGUCUCAAAAUCAGAGCCUUGGCGAAAAACAAAAGCAUGGAAUGAAAAAUUUCUAGAUGAGCUUACAGAGGAUAUAGUAGCUUUCAAACCUCUAGAAGAUUUGAAUGUCAAGGACGCAAGAAUCUUGAUGAUCGGUCCAGUUGGAGCCGGCAAGUCAAGUUUCUAUAACACUAUCAACUCCAUAUUCAGAGGUCGUAUAACACAGAGGGCAGGCAGUGGAAGUGCGGAACAAAGUUUAACGACAGCA